GAGAGAGAGAGAGAGAGAGAGAGAGGAAUGGAGAACCAGAAAGGCAAGAGCUCAGCAGCAUGCAAAGACCUUCCUGCUCUCCUCACCUCUUUCAUCGACACCUUCGUCGACUUCUCCGUUACCGGACAUUUCCUCUUACCUGAAAACCCCAUUCCCUUUCCCCAAGCUCAAUCUCCCCCGCCCCCCUUGCAGACCCACUACCCUCCCCAGGACCGUCUCAUCGCCAUCGGCGAUCUCCACGGCGACCUUGCCAAGACCAAGCAAUCUCUCAGGCUCGCCAAUCUGAUCGACAGCUCUGACAAAUGGGUCGGAGGCUCCUCCACCGUGGUCCAGGUCGGCGACGUCCUUGACCGAGGCGGCGAUGAGCUCAAAAUCCUCUAUUUCCUCGAGAAGCUGAGGCGUGAAGCAGCCAGAUGCGGCGGCACCUUAAUUACCAUGCACGGCAACCACGAGAUUAUGAAUGUGGAAGGAGAUUUCAGGUACGUGACCAAAGAGGGUUUGGAUGAGUUUGUGAAUUGGGCUGAUUGGUACAUGAUUGGAAACCGAAUGAAAGCUCUUUGUAAAGGCCUGGAAAAGCCUCGGGACCCCUUUGAGGGUCUCCCUUUGCUCUUCAACAAUGUCAAGCCGGAGUUCGCAGAGGGUUUUAGGGCCAGAAUCGCCGCAUUGAGGCCUUAUGGUCCCGUCACCGGUCGGUUCUUGUCCAAGAAUGUGACAGUGUUGGUUGUGGGGGACUCGGUUUUCGUCCACGGUGGGCUUUUGGCAAAGCACGUUUCAUAUGGAUUGGAGAAGAUGAAUGAGGAGGUGAGGGAGUGGAUUAGUGGGGUGAAGGGGAGAUUGGCACCCGAGUAUUGCCGUGGGGCGAAUUCUGUGGUUUGGUUGAGGAAGUUUUCUAAUGAGUUUGCAGACAAGUGUGAUUGUUCGGCACUGGAACAUGUUUUAGCAACUAUUCCUGGUGCUAAGAGGAUGAUCAUGGGUCAUACCAUUCAGGAGUUUGGGAUUAAUGGUGCUUGCAAUGAGAGAGCUAUUCGGAUUGAUGUUGGUAUGUCCAAAGGCUGUGGUAAUGGCUUGCCUGAAGUUUUGGAGAUCAAUAAAAAUUCAAGUUUGAGGAUCCUGACAUCGAACCCAUUGUACCAGAAGAAGUACAUUUCUUCUGCUGAUGCUGGGAGGAGGGAAGGCGUUGGAUUGUUGGAGCAUGGACCUAGACAAGUGGAAGUGAAGGCUUGACUGUUUGGGUAUUUAUCAUAUUAGCCUAACUAAUAGGAACCCCUUCUAAACAGAUAUGAGUUUUUUUUUUCCAUAUAUACUCUUUUAGACUACUAGUCAGCUGGCUCUCUUGAAGGGUAAAUAAUUGUUUAUCAAACAUUCGAACUGGAAUUGGAUGGAGAAAAACAUUGAUGCUUUCACUUA